UCUGCUUCGGUUAGCACUUCAGUGCGAUCAAUUCAUAUUGUUACAGACUGCUUGCAAAUCGGGUCGGCCAGAGACCUACGGCUACAGAGAAACAAGUCUGUCAAUGUUCAGGCCAUGAAGGUUUUCCAUUUGCCAUAACCAGCAAACUGUAACACCCAAAGACUUCAGGUGUCACGCGGUCUUACAAGCCAUCUUUGUUUUCAUCCGACUGCAAUCCGCUGACCAAUGAAUGCGGGAGCAAAAUGUCCUCGAUUUCUGGCGAUGUGUUCGUAGGAUUGUUUUCUGAUGACUGAACUUUGGCAGGAUGAGAAGAGAAACUACUCUCUCCAAUUCCGAAGAAGCUUUCAGACAGGCAGAAGUUUCACCAUUCACCCUGGACUUUCCUGUGAUUCUUGCACCACCAGAUUAGUGGAGUCUCUAAAGGAGGAGAGUGGAAAUGAAGUACUCCUAGUUCUUUCCGCAGUAGGCGGAGCGUUGGGAAUCGUAUUUAUGUUUGUUUUAAUUACCGCGAUGAUUCGUCAUGGUGGGUUCCGCAGGCUUCGUUUCUUCAGGAGGGCAAAUUCAGAGAAUUCAGUCGAGGUUCCAUUGGCACAACUCGAGCUGAAGCAAACUUUGUGUCGAGAGGAACUCAGGCCCGAUGAUUUAACUCUGGAGGAUCUGGAAAGAGACAACCUGGAGUUGUUCGAUUGGGUUUGCACUCGUCUUGACAACGAAAGAUUAAUUUUCCGGCGUGACUUCGAGCGCUUGGCUGCCAAAUACAAACUUAUUUCCCUGGAAGUGCGAAACUCCUUGAAAAAGGAGUUAAAAAGUGAAGGUGGAAACCCCUCUAAGCUGCUGAUGAGCCAGUUCCAAACUAAGUACCCCAACCAUCCUGUUCGAUGUCUUGUAAGAAUGCUAAAAGAGAUCGGAAGAAAUGAUAUAGCACAAAAACUAACACCCUACAUGCGUAAAAAUGUCGGAAACUAGUCUUGGCAAUUGAUGAUUUUUGUACAAUGAAAACGGGCUUCCUGCGGCCUAGUAAAUUAACAAUGCUAUUCAUAGGGUUUCUCAAUCGAGAAUGAAUUGGCAGUGAUGCUCUGUAUCCGCUGGAUGACAAACAGUUUUACAAAUACGUCGGAUCCCACGCUGAACAACCGCAAUUUAUCGAAGGAAGAAUAUCCAGGGUGAGAGCUGGAAAUUUUGAAGAUGGCUGACUGAGUGAUCUGGUUCGCAAUUCUCUCUUCUAGCUAUAAAAGAUUUCCUUGUAAAUUUUUAAUUUGUUCUUUCAUUAAGGUGUAGCUUAAUUUAAGUUCAGAUAAUUUUGUCUAUCCCCUUCUUCUGUUUCAAGGAUAAUGUAUUUUUGAUAUAAGGAGAGGUUACACACUGAUCACUUCGGGCCAUUCAGAGGUAGUAGUAAUGUAAAUAACGCUGGAGUAAUGCUAUUUUGUCAAGUAAAUCUGACGAUUGUACCUGGUAUUAAAAAGAGUUCUGGAAUACUGGUUUAUCGUGAAAAUUGUGAAAAUUGUUAUACUAUAGAAGGAAAUGUACUUCACGUAUGGAUGACCGCAACGCAAUAAAACUAUUAAAUUCUGAUAACACAGUCGAACCUUAAGCGGCAACUUAUUAAGCGGUCAGUUGUCAAAGUCACCUAUAUUAAGCGGUCACGAAGGGCUAUUUAGCUUUGACGAGGGGGUCACGCACAAAACGUCGGACUUUAAAUGCUUUGCGGGGGCCAAU